GAAGGACAACUUUUUCUGGAGGUAGUUUGAAGGCAGGAUGGCAUGCAUUGCACAUGAUGGGGGAAUGCAAAAAGACAAAGGACAUUCUUUCGAAAGCUGGAAUUUUCCAGAAUGCCACUGCACACUCCAAAAAUGCGCAGAAACCAACACUGGAGAAAGGUCAUCUCUUUCUUCAUCUUCAGAAAUGACUUCACCAGAGCCUCAAGAUUCUGACUUUCUUCCUUCUCUUUUCCUGGCUGCCGCUUUGGCCAUUUUGUUCAUCUUUGUCUCCAUUCUUCUUCUCCAUCACGAUAACAGCCACAUACCUUUGGGUGACUACAGGGCUUGGAGCCUCAGAAAGACGUAUCGAUUGGAAAACAGCCUCAAACCACUUCACUUCUUCUUCCCAAACCAUCCAGAAACAACAUGGCAGGCUCUCCAUCACUGUACACAAGACCAACUGGGAAGGAUCCAACACAACCGUGUUGGGAUCUUGGUUGCAACAGAGCCUAGAAAUGGGAGCAUCACCCUUUUGUGCCUUGUGAAAAUGACUCUGUCCUUUCUGACCAAGGAAUGUGCCAUGAAGGUCCAGCUUCUAGAUCAAGGUAGUGGAUGGUAUCCCUGGAGGGACUUUCUAGAAAGCUGGACCUGUCACGUUUCCACUGCUGAGAUCUACAUGGGGCAAAGUCUUCUCCCCUAUGGUUUGAUGGCGCCCUGGGGCCACUCCUUUGACAGAAAAGAGUUCAAUCUCAUCUUAUCUCUAAAUGGCACAGGACAAGCUCAGGAAGAGUUCCUCCUUCUCACCUCAGCCCCUGUAUUAGUGUCAGAUAUUUUGGAUGCCAUUCAUUUUGCCAACGGGGGCCCAGAAAAAUUGACAUUGGCUACCAACAAGAGCUUUGUUGUCCUCCUGGUGAGGCCUAGGCAGAAUCUGGAACAGGGUUUUGUUUCCUAAGGGCCACACAUCUGACACACAGCUGUUAGCUGUCCUCAAGUCAGCCCUGAUUCAUGGCACUUCUAUGGAUGAGACUGCUUAAAUCUUAUAAAUUACCCAUGGAAAAAUAUACCAAUAAACUUGUGUGUAUUCUUUCAGUU